UUUUGCGGAAGCCGGCGGCGUCUGGUUCAGCCUCCUCCGGGAGCAGGCAGUUGGCGACCCCGCGCUAACCGGCGCGACUCUGUCCCGAUCCCCGAGUUCUCACACGGUGUCCAGACAGAUCGAAGCCAUGGCCAUUCUUUUCGCUGUUGUUGCCAGGGGAACCACUAUCCUUGCCAAACAUGCUUGGUGUGGAGGCAACUUCCUGGAGGUGACAGAGCAGAUUCUGGCUAAGAUACCUUCUGAAAAUAACAAGCUAACGUACUCACACGGCAAUUAUUUGUUUCAUUACAUCUGCCAAGACAGGAUUGUAUAUCUUUGUAUCACUGAUGAUGAUUUUGAGCGUUCCAGAGCCUUUAAUUUUCUGAAUGAGAUAAAAAAGAGGUUCCAGACUACAUAUGGUUCAAGAGCACAAACAGCGCUCCCAUAUGCCAUGAAUAGUGAGUUCUCAAGUGUCUUGGCUGCACAGCUGAAGCAUCACUCCGAGAAUAAGGGCCUAGAUAAAGUGAUGGAGACUCAAGCCCAAGUGGAUGAACUUAAAGGAAUCAUGGUCAGAAACAUAGAUCUGGUAGCUCAGCGAGGCGAAAGAUUGGAAUUAUUGAUAGAUAAAACAGAAAAUCUCGUGGAUUCGUCUGUCACCUUCAAAACAACCAGCAGAAAUCUUGCCCGAGCCAUGUGUAUGAAGAAUCUCAAGCUCACUAUCAUCAUCAUCAUCAUAUCAGUCGUAUUCAUCUAUAUUAUUGUGUCACCACUCUGUGGUGGAUUUACAUGGCCAAGCUGUGUGAAGAAAUAAAAAAGUUAUCAUUAACCAAGGAUACGAGAGAACAAAGAGUUAAAAGCAAUCCGUGUGAUUCAAGCCUUUUAAUACUGACAGACGGUGUCUGCCAGUCUCUUCAACCCUCUUCUUUCUCUUUUUUUAAUAUUCUUCUAUGCCUCCAGAUUUAUCUUUGUCCUAUCAACCAGUUUAUUCCAGUGCACUUCAGACUGAACCAUUUAUUGCAGCAGUAGCCUUAAAAAGGCAUUUUGUUUCUUUGGUUUGUUAACUAGUGUCAUCUACUUAUAGAUACAUUUUUGUUUAUAACUGCACAAAGCUAUCACCAAGGUAGAAACCACCUGUCUUAUGAGCUGUCUACUGAAAUUAUGGAUGACCUUUGUGCACACAAAAGUUUAAGAGACAGUAUUGCUAACAUCUCGUCUUAAUGUCUUUUGAUUUUGAAGGGUUUUAAGUGCUUGAAAAUAAAAUACAUGGAAAAUUGUUGUUAUUUGGGGAAUUGUAAUUAAUUGUUGGUGUUUCUAGGAGCCCAAGCAGGUAAAGUAUUAAACAUUUUAUCUCAGUCAGAUGGGGAACGUUUUGCUAGCCUGUUAGAAGCAAACAGAAUUAUCCUUGUCUGCCUAUUAUUAACUUUUAGGAAGAAAGUUUUGAUCAUUCACAAACCUCACAGAGCUUGAUAGUCUCUGUUUCUCCAUUGCAGUUGAUUUGAGAAGACGGUGGUUUAAAUAUUGUUGAAGGUUGUGGUUUUUUACAUAUUCCUUUUUCUUUGGUGGGUAUUUAGGGCAAUUGUGUAGAUAAUAGAAUGGGUAGUGGAGGGAGUGGGGAGACACAUUCCUCUGGCUCACCAAAGAAAAGGAAGAGAACCACAGUGGAAAAGCCCAAACUGAAUAUAGUCAGCAAUCAACUCCAGGGUUUGGGUUUGACUGGUGUUGAAUAGUAGUUUGAGCAUCCUUUGUGGUUUAGUAAGUUCUUUAAUCUGCCUAGUUUUGAAGAAUUCUUUUGGGAAACUUGAGAGUAGACAGUAUGAUACAUAGAAACAGUACAAGACAUUUUAGCUAACAUCCAUGUAACUGCAGUGUGAAAUAACUGGAGUGUAAUCAUACUGCUUUGGCUACUCUGGCAUCUGUUAGCUAGUGUGUACUUUUGGUGUGUAUCUGAAAGGACAGCAUUUGCUGCUGUAGAUCUAAUUGCAUUUAUUUAUCAAUAAAUGCCAGUAAAUGGAAAUUAUAUUACAUUUGACUAUUUUCCCAAUGAAAGAACAAAUUGGUCUGUAAAACCUAGUCACCUUUUUAGCCUAAUCAUGUGCCUUGAAUAUUUAUGUGUCACAUAAUCUGGCACCUGCUACCUGUUCUUCCAUCUAUAUCUUUCAAUUCAUGCUGAUUCGUUUAUUUGACAUAUUUUCAACCCCUUGGGACUCUUUUCCUGGUGAACAUGUAUAGUGAAAAUGUUUUUUCAGUCCUCUUUAUCAACACUAAUGCCUUUUAAUUACAUCAGCAUUUCCUAUUGGAAAACACAUUUGUUCCAUGAAAACAUUUGGCAUUCCUUAAUAAUAACUUCCAAAUGUCUUUAAUCCAAAGAAAAAGACUUAAAGCUUAUUUCCCUUUCUUAUACACACCCGAAUAAAAAUGAUGUGCAUGUUUUAGGGAUAAAUUACUUAACCAUCCCUUGAUCUAUUUAUGUAUAAGAAUGCUUUUUAAAGCACAUAUCUUGUUUUAAAUGAUGCACAAACUGAAGGCAUUAAUAAAAUUUAAGAGUAAUACAA